AAAGCCUAAAAGGAUUUAUCCCCAUGGCUCUUGAAGACCCGUUUUUCUGGAAAAUCAGUUCCCAGAAACUGUAAAAAAAUAAUCAAAGCGUUUUCUAAUGAGGUAUAAUUGUAGCCCGAAAAUUUCUGAUUAAAAUGAGACGUCUCCCAGCUCUACACUUCUUUGCAAAGUUAUAGAAUUUACAAGAAACGCCCUAAAUGAUCAUUGCCAGCUCAAAGCUACAGAAAUAAGAAGAAAUCAAUUUAGGGUAUUUCUUGUAAAUUCUCGAACUUUGCAAAGAAAGAUCGUCUAGAGCUGGAAGACGUCUCAUUUUAAUCAGAAAUAUGCGGGCUACAAUCAUGCCUCAUUAAGAAACGUUUUGAUUAUUUUUUGGAAUUUCUGGAAACUGGUUUUCCAGAAAAACGGGUCUUCAAGAGCCAUGGGGAUAAAUCCUUUUAGGCUUUUCACUAUCUCGAUAUUGGCUAUCGAUUAAUGUGUGUUUGAAAGAAAUUGGGAUUGGACAGCUGGGAAUGUACUCUCGUUGUUUACUUAGCUAAUAGUAACUAUAUUAGUUACCCGUUACUGAUAACAGGUAACUGCAUUAGUUACUUCUUUACUAGUAACGAGUAACUAAAGAUAAAGUAACGCCCAAUAACAAGUAAAGUGCCACCCCUAAUUUUAGGUGAUCGAUAUGAAAAUGGACGAAAACAUAUUCUUGUUGAUGAAGUUGAUUCAAUGUUAUUAGAUAAAGGAAAUUGUGUUUUAUAUUUGUCACAUCAGCCAUCAAAUUUAGAUUCAUUAGAAUCUGUUUAUAUUUUCAUUUGGCAAAUGAUUGUAUUGAAUGCAGUUAAUGGAAAAUAUUCAUCAAUUUUGGAAAUUAAAAAAAUUGUUUUACACAAUUUAUAUUCAAUUUUAGAUAAAAAUGAAUUAUAUAAAUUAACAAAAAAUUAUGAAAUAAUUGAAGAAAUAUGGAAUGAAUUAAUUGAAAAUAAUAAUAUUGAUAAUUUAGGUAAAAUUUUAUCAUCUGAAAAUAUUAAAUUUGAAAAUGAAAAUUUAAAUGAAUUUUUGAAACCACUAAAAUUUUUAUUUGAUGAAAUUAUUAAUUAUGAAAAACGAAUUCAAAUACCAAAUUAUUUAAAAUUAUUUGUUGAACAACAUUUAACUACAUGGAUUCAAAGUGGAAUAAAAGCAUUUGAAAUGGAAGAAGGUCGAAAUUAUAUUAUUGAUGUUGAUAAAAAUUUAACAAAAUUAGAUAAACAUCCAAAUAUAAUAAUUAUUGAUUGUGAUACCGGUGUUGAUCAAAUAAAUAGUCAAUGGAAUGAAUGUUUACAUCAAUUUUUACAAUUAAAACAUCAAUGUAAAACAUCAUUGAUCAAUUUAAAAGCUGUUUUUAUUUCAAAUAUAACAUUUUUUAAUAUGUAUACAAAUAUUUAUGGUUUAAGUGGAACAUUGGGCUCAGAAAGUGAACGUGAGUUUUUAAAAAUAACAUAUGAUGUUGAUUUUAUUACUAUUCCCGUUGCAUUAACAAGUAGAUUCAAAGAAUAUCAACCAAUUGUUUGUAAAAAUAUUGAACAAUGGAGAAAAACAAUUGUUGAAACAGCAAUGAAAAUAGUCACAGGAAAAAAUAAACGAUCAAUUAUAAUUAUUUGUGAAACAAUUAAAGAUGUUGAACAAAUAAAACAAUCGUUUAAACAAUAUUCUGAAGAAGAAGAACAACAAAACAAAGAGAGUAACAGUAGCAAUUUUGAUGAUUGUCCCGAUUCGUCUGAGACAUAUAAUAACACUGAAACGAA